UACAACCAUGUUCUCAUUACUGCUUUUGUCGGGAAUGCUGGCAAGUACCUUUUUACAGUCAACGUGCCAUCGGAUGUGUUUGAAUUACGAGUCUCCGACGUUUAUGGAUGAAACGUUUGACCUGUGUCGAGAUUUUCAAAAGUUUGGUUGCUGUACGAAACAAAAAGAUAAGGAGUUGCAUAAAAAAUUUACUGCACUCGUGGACUUUCUCCCACAAGAAAAUAAAACAGAGUGUUCCGAUGUAGUCAGGGAUCUAAUGUGUCAGGAAUGUUCCGAAUACUCAGCACACCAAUAUGAUUUAGAAAAGAGUGGUACAAUAACCAGUUUACCUGGUUUAUGCUGGGAGUAUUGUCAAAAUAUAUUUGAACAAUGUCGAGAUGCGCUACAACUUUUGACUAGCGAUGAAAAUCUUCUUGAACAUUUAAGAAUGGGCGAUAACAAUAGGUUCUGCCGAGAGGUUGCAUUAGAAGAUAGAUAUUAUUGUUAUCCAUUGGAAGACGAAUAUGCAGAGGGAAACUUGGAUUUCUACGAACUACCAAAUGAAAAACCCUGUACUCAACUUUGCGUAGAGGAAGUGGCCAACAAACUAUACAGCCCUAUUUCCAUAAAACAUGGCAAAGAUAACACACAAAGACUUUUCAUCGCUGAACAAAUGGGUGUGGUAUGGGUGUACCUUACUAACAUGAGUAGAAUCUUUCCACCAUUCCUUAAUAAGACAUCUGAUGUUGCGUGUAAAAAGAAUGGAUACGAUGAACGUGGAUUUCUCGACAUUGAAUUCCAUCCGGAACAUGCCAGCAAUGGCUUGUUUUAUAUCUAUUAUUCCACCUUGAUAAAUUCUGAAAACUUCAUUAGGAUAAGUGAAAUGAAGGUGUCAGCUUUCGAUAUUAAUCAAGCCGAUCCUGAUUCCGAAAGAGUUAUUUUGGAAGUUUGUCAACCAUUUGAAAAUCAUAACGGCGGACAAUUGUUAUUUGGAAGCGACGGUUAUCUUUAUAUUUUUGUUGGAGACGGUGGGCAUGCCGGGGAUCCGCGUGGAUUUGCACAGAACAGGACCUCACUUCUUGGAAAAAUACUACGCAUUGAUGUUAAUUCGAAUACAACCUUUCAAGAUCGGCCCUAUGCGAUUCCCUCCGACAAUCCAUUCAUUUCUGACUCGAACGUAGCUCCGGAAAUAUACGCCUAUGGAUUAAGAAAUCCUUGGCGAUGUUCAAUAGAUUCGAAAGACAGAAUUAUUUGCGGCGACGUCGGUCAAAAUGCAAUUGAAGAGGUAGAUAUCAUCGUUAAGGGUGGAAAUUAUGGAUGGAAUGCUUUUGAAGCAGAUGCAUGCUACGAUGAAAAAAUAUGUAAAGACCAAGUAAUGAUCGAAUCCCAUAUUCCACCGAUUUACUCCUACAAUACAUCAAUUGGAAAAUCAAUCACGGGAGGUUAUGUAUACGAAGGAUGUCGGAAUCCUGGACUCAAAGACAAAUACAUACUUGGAGAUUUCAUGUCGGGGCGAAUGAUUAUUCUGAAAGAAAAUAAAUUGGGAAAAUGGAGACCUAGAAAUGUAUGUAUGUCGAAAAAGAUAUGCCGACAACAGGGGAAGGCACACAAGUAUCCUCGCCAUAUCCAGACCUUUGGCGAAGAUGAAUCUGGGGAAAUUUACUUUGCUGCGACAAUGAAUCCGAAGCCCGGGCAUCGGGGUGGAAGGGUUUAUAGACUGUCACAUGCCUACAAAACCAAAAACGCUGACGAUUGCAAAUCUACGGGAACUAGCCCAGUCUUACUAUGGCAGGGAAGCAGCCUACAGGAAUAUCAACCGACACCAGAUAGAGAGGUAGAGACGCGAUUGGUUGGAGCUGGACAGGGACGAAUUGCCACAAAAGGACGAGUAGAAAUCAGACCUCGCGGUAAGAAAUGGAGCACCAUAUGUGGCAACAACUGGAAUUUAAACAACGCCCACGUGAUUUGUCGCAUGUCUGGGUUUUUGAAGGCACGGGAAUUUUCUUUCGCCGAGUUUGGUGCGGGUCGGGGUAUGGUUAGGUUCGAACAUCUAAAUUGCAAAGGGGAUGAAGAGCACAUUGACGAAUGUGAACAUAGUGGGUGGAAAGCUGCUUCUUGUUCACAUGAAGAUGAUGCCUCUGUAUGGUGCGAAAGCUUUAUAUUCACUGAGGAGCCUCAGGCCAAUGACUAA